CUGCGGGCUGGGUUGUCAGUCAGUGAGAGGAGAGGGAAGAUGGCUCGCCGGGACCCGUUCUGCUAGCAAGAAGCGGGGCGGGUGGUGCUGCUACUCGGGAGAAAGCCGAGCAGCCGCCGUCGCUGGCGCUGCGAGCCGCACAAGUCGAGGUUCUGCAGGUGGAGCUCCGGCAGCUUCUCUGGUUGAAGGUUUAGAACAGAUGUGGAAAGAUGUUCACUUCAGAGAAAGGGGUUGUGGAGGAAUGGUUGUCAGAGUUUAAGACACUACCAGAAACAUCUUUACGAAAUUAUGCCACAAAUUUGAAAGACAAGAGUUCUGUAGUAUCAUCUCUCUAUAAAGUUAUCCAGGAGCCACAAAGUGAGUUGCUAGAACCUGUCUGUCACCAGCUCUUUGAGUUCUAUCGCAGUGGAGAGGAACAGUUGCUUCGAUUUACACUGCAGUUUCUCCCAGAACUGAUUUGGUGCUACCUUGCAGUCUCAGCCAGCAGAAAUGUGCAUCGCAGUGGAUGCAUUGAAGCUCUUCUUCUAGGGGUUUACAAUUUGGAAAUAGUUGACAAACAAGGACAUAGCAAAGUAUUGAGUUUUACAAUUCCCUCUUUAUCCAAACCAUCUGUAUAUCAUGAACCUUCCAGCAUUGGGUCCAUGGCCCUGACCGAGAGUGCACUAUCCCAGCAUGGUUUAUCAAAAGUUGUGUACAGUGGACCUCAUCCUCAGAGGGAGAUGCUGACAGCACAGAAUAGGUUUGAAGUGUUGACUUUCCUUUUGUUGUGUUACAAUGCUGCCUUAACCUAUAUGCCCAGUGUUUCUCUUCAAUCACUAUGUCAGAUUUGUUCAAGAAUCUGUGUUUGUGGAUAUCCUCGACAACAUGUGAGAAAAUACAAAGGUAUAAGUAGCAGGAUACCAGUUUCUUCAGGAUUCAUGGUACAAAUGUUAACAGGAAUUUAUUUUGCCUUUUAUAAUGGAGAAUGGGAUCUAGCUCAAAAAGCAUUGGAUGAUAUUAUGUACAGAGCCCAGCUAGAAUUAUAUCCAGAGCCAUUGCUGGUUGCUAAUGCAAUAAAGGCUUCAUUGCCUCAUGGUGCCAUGAAAUCUAGUAAAGAAGGUACAAGGUGUAUUCAAGUUGAAAUCACACCAACUUCCUCUAGAAUAUCAAGAAAUGCAGUAACCAGCAUGUCAAUAAGAGGUCAUAGGUGGAAAAGACAUGAGCAACCUGACAACAAUAAUGAUACUACUGAAUUGGGCAUCCUUGUCAUUCCCGAAAUUAGUGUCACAAAUGUGGCCGGAGAGAGAACCGGGAAUGGGGAAAAAGGCAGAACACUAGGAGAGAUUGAUGCUCAGCAUAUACAGGGUGUGCAGGAAACAGCCACAGAUCCUAGAACUGAGAGCAAAGGCUUGCCAGAGAUCAGGAGGCAAAAAUCUGAAAUACAGAAUUAACAGGUCAAGAAGAACUGAUGGAAAUAUCUGAAGUUGACGAGGGAUUUUAUUCCAGGGCUGCGUCUAGUACCAGCCAGUCGGGUUUAUCAAACAGUAGUCACAAUUGUAGUAACAAGCCAAGUGUAGGAAAGAACCAGAGACGGUCAGGAGGAAGCAAAACUGGAGGAAAAGAGAAAGAAACUACAGGGGAAUCUUGCAAAGAUCACUUUGCUAGAAAGCAAACUCAGAGAGCCCAAAGUGAGAAUCUUGAGCUUCUCUCUUUGAAGAGACUUACUUUAACAACCAGCCAAUCCCUACCUAAGCCUAGCAGCCAUGGUUUGGCUAAGACCGCAGCGACUGUAUUUAGUAAAUCUUUUGAACAAGUCAGCGGUGUCACAGUCCCACACAACCCAUCAUCUGCUGUUGGUUGUGGGACUGGGACAGAUGCCAAUAGGUUUUCCGCUUGUAGUCUUCAAGAAGAGAAGCUUAUUUAUGUUUCGGAAAGAACGGAACUUCCGAUGAAGCAUCAAUCAGGUCAGCAGAGACCUCCUAGUAUUAGCAUUACUCUGUCCACAGAUUAAUUUGUGACAUAUUUUUCUCCCAUAACCAGUGAAUCUGGAAAUAUGACUUUGCUUCUUUAUGAAAGUGCCCCGAGUCUUUCAUCCACGUUCCUGACAGGAGCCCUGACGUCUUAAAUUCUGAAGGCGCCCUUGACUUUAUGAAGGGAAUAAUGUCUAGGUUGUAGUAAAUUGAAAUAUGGUUUUGUUAUUUCUUGGUUGUGAUUUUUUCCCCUUAGUUUGAGUCUUUUUUUCUUUCUUAUUUGUUACUGUUGCCCUAAGAUUAUCAGUAUGACAAUAAAUUUUGGCAGGUUGUCUAAUCAAGUUGGUUAUAUCUGAUGUGAGGUUGUGAGAUUUGUUGUUGUUUUUUUUUAAUAACUCCUGUUUUGGUGGCUGUGUGUUUGGCUUCAGAGUCAAAGGGAUUCUCCAUGUAUGGAACUGUUUUAUAAAGGAUGGGAUGGAGGAACAACUCCAGGAAUUCUACAGCUGGGCAGUCAGGAAGCCAGUCUGAAAAACAGGCAUAUGAAAACACAAAAAUGAUGUGUAUGAAAAGUGCCUGAUGAAAAUGUUUGUAACAAGAUCAUCUUUAAGAUUAGAACAGUUUGGUCAAGGCACUGGAAAAUGCCUGGUAACUCAGUACCUAGAGUAUUAUAUGAUUCCAGGGGAUGAGUAGAGGCAUUUCUGUUAUCUUUAGAACAUUUUUAUAUCAAAAAUCAGAUUGCUGGUAGGUGUGUUGAAGUGUUUGAUAUGGAUUUAGCAGGUAAAGAUCGCUUUUAAUUCCUAGGGUGUAAUAGGCCAUAAAGCUGAUUUACCCUGCUGCUGGACUUUGGAAAUCCUAGUUAGUUUGGAUUCCUAUAAUUCAGAGCACACAUCGUUGAAGACUUUCUGGAAAUCAUUGUAAAUCUUGCAACACAGCUCUCAAGAUACCAGUAUCAACUAUAUAACAUUGAAUUGUUUGUCUGCAAAUGAAGGAAAUUUGAUAAAUUUUUCAUCUAUAAAAUGUCACAAAAAGAUAAAGGUAGUGAAUUAUGGACAAAGGACAUUUAUAUAUUAACUAAUUUAGGAUUGUUUAUGUUUGUGCUCUUAAAUUUAAAAUAUGAAAAAAAUGAAAUGUGUUUCUUGAUUGUGAACAGGCCUAUUUUAAAUGUUCUUAUUAUGAUGUAGAAGGAAUAAUCAAUUUUGUUAUCUCCCAACCAAAGAAUAAAAAUUAAAAAUGUGAUAUGACAGAAGCUAAACAAACUUCUGUGUAGCUAUAGGGGACUAUGUGACCUUUAGAUUUGCUAGUGGUAGUCCUUUCAUCUAUGGCUGAGGUUCCCUGUAAAGCAAGUAUACUUAAGUGAUAAUUUGGAGUGAGAGAGAGAAAGCAGAGCUGAGGCUGAGAGACAGUGGACUGGGGAGGAAGGCCUGAGCAGCUGUCCAGUUGCUGGGCUCUUUCACUUUUAGUACAGCAGUCACAAGGACAGCAUGCUAGUGUUUUCCUCUUGUAAAGAGGAAAGAUAUGUGAAAAAUUUGUAUGUUUUGAAGAGUGCCAAAAACAUUUAUACUCUGAAUUCAGUUUUAAAUAUAACUGCUCUGGCUACUAGUUUAAAACUAAGUUUUCAAAAAGCAUCAGCUAGUUUCCAUUCAGUAGCCCUGAAUACGAUAUGGGUUUUAACAUAAAUUAAUUUGAUUUUUUUAGUCCCAGUAAUAGAAUGGAAUAAGGUCUAUUGGCAUAGCCUAUAGUCAAAAACUGUAAGGCAACCAGGCGAUGAAAGUUGAUAUUGUAUUAAUCUAACAGGAAUCCUGUGUACAAUUUAAAAUAUUUGUAAAAUGACAUUGUGAAUUUCCUGUUGUCCUUUUGUAAUUCUGUAACAGAGAAUUUCCCAUAUAUGUAAUUAACAGUAUUGAUAUUAUUAAUAUUAAGCCCUAAUUUAAAAGAUUGGCAUUUUAAGCAAGUUGAGGUACUUAGGAAACACAGAAUAAGUUUGAGGAAACAUUAGCUGGCACAAGUGAGAGAUCAGAUUUUAAUGUUCUGCCACUGUAAUGGAAUCUUAUUUUGAUAUUCUUCUAGACCUUUGCUACUCAUGUGGUCUGAGACCAUUAAGUAGGAUUGGCAUCACCUGGCAUCUUGUUAAAAAUGCAGAAUUUCAUAUACUGAAUCAGAAUCUGCAUUUUAAUAAGAUCCCCAAGUGAUUUUUAUGCACAUUACAUUUUUCAGAAGAGGGUGUCAGAAUGCAAACAUAUUUCUUAGAAUUCACACAACCCUAGAUCAACUAUGUCAGAUACUAGAUCAUUAUAAUAUUCAUUGUUCUUGACAGCUAAUUAAUUUUUAAUAAUAUUGGCACAUGGCUUCUUAAGGCCUCUAAUUCUAAAUUUCUAAUGAUCCUCAUUUAGUUUUGCAAUAAAAGUGUAACAUUUUGUACUUUUCUUGUUAACUUUAAAUGAAAUCAGAGCUGUAAAUGCCUGCAAUUUUAAGUAUGAAAAGGAGUACCACCCGUUAAUACAAUGCACAACAAAUUUGCAUUUGUAUGUUCUUUAUAAAAAUUUCUGAACUCUUACACAGUGGGGUGGCUCUGAAUCUUUGCUCCAGGUGAUUCAUACCAGUUGAUUUUUCUGGAGUGUGGAGUUAUGUUAAUAAUGACUUUUAUAGUGCUUUUGAUACUAUUUCAAAUAAGGAUAAUACAUUGAAAGUUUUUUAGAAAUUAUGAAAAUGGGAACGGUGGUAACAAUUGUUAUUACUCCUACUACUCUCUCCCCUCUUUCUCUUCAAAUCUGAAAGUUGGGUGGCUUUUGUAGGUCAUUUUCCUAUAAAGAUGUUGAUGAUCAGAGACCUAUAUGUCCAAAAUAAAAUUUUUAUCAUGAGAAGGAUUCCACACAAAAAUUGCAGCUCCAUUCCGCAUUUUAAACCUCUAGGGUUUCUUGGGAUCACUCAACCUAUCACUCUUGAAAACCCAGCCUCCUAGGGUGUUCUAGUGAAACUGGAGCCAGCACUAGCCUUUUGGAAUCCAAAUGGGGAGAGAAACAAAGUAGGCUUUUCAAGGGAAUGUCCCAGAGUACCCAGGGCAAAUGUCUUCCCUCUUCUCCCUGAAGCCACAGGAAAGCACGCUGGAGUCCCUUGUCUACCACCACGGAAAUUUUUAAGGCAAACUCUGCAGACUUGAAGAGCAGAAAUUCUCAGUCCUUAAAUGAUGACUGAAGUUUAUUUUGAGAAAGCAAUAUUUCAUUGCCCUUUUCAAUUGUGAAGCAAUUACUCAGCAAACAUUACUCAUUUUUUUAAAAAGUUAAAUAAAAGGGAAAUAUAUUUUUAAAACCAAAAUAGAUCAAAAUGAUCCCAGUUUUAAGGGAUUUUGCCUAUUUUGGGAGAAUAAAACUGAAGUGUUAAAACUUAAAUUAUGGAGAAAAAAUGUACUUUGAGACAUAAUUUUAAACAAAUAUUUAAAAUAAGGCAGGUUAACAUUUUGAGUCUAUAGGCACAAUAAAUCUUUAUUAAAAGGAAGCACAUCAAGGCAAUAUGUACGCUGAAUAAUGUAACUGAAAUAAUAUUUUUCAAAAACCUCUUAGAAAAAUAAUUUGAGGGUACUUUAAACAUUGUAGAUAGAGUUUAAUGUAUAAUAGUGUCUUCCCAAUCUUUGGAUGAAAAAUUAAAACUCUUUAAUCUUUUAAUGAGCAUGAAUUUAUACUUUUAGAUGUAUUGCCUAGUAAAAUUACACUCAGUACUUAGAGUUACUUAGAUUUAUGUUUAAUAUUGUUAAAUUCUUCAUCAGAGAGCAUAAAUAUGUUGUCUUCUAUACUUUGUAACUUGUGCAUAUCUAAAGAGACUAGCAGUGAACAUUUUGGAAGAUGUUUUUGUGUUUUUUAUAGUAGAGUUCUAGAGUACAUGUGUCUUAAUAGGAAGUUUUUACUGGUAAACUCAAGAUCCUAUUUCACAUAGUGUUGCUUUCUCUUAUAUGGAGCUUAUUGUGUACCUCUUAUCUUUACUUCUAAUCAUGUGGUGAUACUAAUUUUUUCAUGGUAAUAUACUUGUUUCUAAUUGUAUUUCUAGAAUUUACAUUCCUGAAGAAUAAACUAUGACUUUGGAUAUUUUUAUGUGUUCCCUACCUUUUUAAGGCUAUGGAAAUAAACUGGAGUUUAGUUUUUUGAAUUUUUG